AAAACCAAACAAGUUGGCAGCCCUGACCGUGUUGUUUUGGUUGAAAACAUAAAAAUUAGUUAAUUGUUUCCUGCUGUCGACCGCGCUUUCUGUUUGAAACGAAAUGACCACCGCUGUAGAAGUGGCCAACAAGGCUCCGGGGAAGUUAGCCAACUACUUUGAACUGCAGGCAGCUUUUGAGAAAGCCCUGGAACUGGCCAUAACCGAUGGCAACGUGGAGCUCUUGGUCAAGGAGUACAACAGCUUCUCGGCCAACACCGAGCACGACAAGCGCCUGCCCAUGGACCAUGCCUUCCGUGUGCUCCUCAUGAAGCGGCUGGAGGAGGAUGUGCAGCGCAUAGGCGAGCUAGUGCGCCUUUCCGUGGACGCCACGAGAGCCGAGAUCGUUUCCAACACCAUUCCGGUGGUGCUGCUCAUCGACACCUUCGACGUAGUCACGCUGGACAAGUGCCAGGAGAUCUUCCAGUUUGUCGAGGAGCUGGUGGAGGUGUGGAAGGAGGAGCUGUUCUUCGCCUCCUGCAAAAACAACAUCCUGCGCAUGUGCAACGACCUGCUGCGCCGCCUUUCGCGCACACAGAACACUGUCUUCUGCGGCCGCAUCCAGCUCUUUCUCUCUAAGUUCUUUCCCUUCUCGGAGCGCUCCGGCCUGAACAUCGUGUCCGAGUUCAACCUGGACAACUUCACGGAGUACGGGCUGGACAGCAAGGACCACGACGAGAGCGACAACAAGGAGCUGGAGGACACUGCCGAGGACAUUCCCCUCAAAAUCGACUACGACCUGUACUGCAAGUUUUGGUCCCUCCAGGACUUCUUCCGCAAUCCCAAUCAGUGCUACAACAAGGCGCAGUGGAAGAUGUUCCAGAUGCACGCUGAGAAUAUUCUGCAGUCAUUCUCGAGCUUCAAGCUGGAGGACGUGCGGCAGAGUGGCAGCGACAAUGCCAGCGAGACUGGCCAAGCAAUGGAGGUGGACGAAGAGGCCGCUGAUGCGGCGGCGGUGAACGCCGUGGUCAAGGCGAACCAUUUCUUCGCCAAGUUCCUGACCAAUCCAAAACUACUGGCACUACAACUCUCCGACGCCAAUUUCCGACGUGCGGUCCUGGUACAGUUUCUAAUUCUUUUUCAGUACCUUCAAGUCAGUGUAAAGUUUAAAAUUGAUACUUAUACCUUGACCGCAGACCAGGCGGACUUUAUCAAGGAUACAGAGUCUCGUGUUUAUAAGUUGCUAGAGGAGACACCGCCGUACGGCAAGCGGUUUUCGAGAACUGUACACCACAUGCUGGUGCGCGAGGAGAUGUGGAAUAAUUGGAAGAACGAGGGCUGCAAGGAGUUUAAGAAGCCGGAGGAGCCGGCCGCCAACGAGGAGGACUCAAAGCCACCUCCUCCCAAGAGACCAAGGCGUGCAUUGGGCGAUGCCCUGCGUGAUGCUGCCCGCAAUGGCAAGUUCUUCUUGGGAAAUGAUAACUUAACACGUCUGUGGAACUACUCUCCAGACAACCUGCAGGCCUGCAAAAGUGAGCAGCGGAACUUCCUGCCGCUGUUGGAGACAUACUUGGAGACACCGCAUGAGAAAGUCGACCCCGCCUUUGAGUGGCGAGCAUUGCGUUUACUUGCCCGCCAAACACCACACUUCUUUACAUCGCUCUCUCAACCGUCGAGCAAGAUCUCCGACUAUCUGGAGCAGGUGCGGAAGCGUCUCAUCCGGGACAAGGAGCCCAAGCCUGCAGCUCUUUUAUCCAGCAACUCUUCGGAGAACAGUUUCGGCCUGGCGGCGAACAAUGCCAGUGCGGAAGGCGACCAGGAUGCUACAGUGGCUCUUCAGGACGGUGAACCAGAGCAGGAUCUCGAGGUAGAGGAUAACGAGCCCGUGGUGGAGGAGGUGGAUGAGGUGCCAGCACACGAAAAACCCCUAAUGGUUACCAAAGAGCACAUCCAAGAGGUGGCCCCCCUGAUCGGCGAGCCCUGGAUGAAGGUGGGCAAGAAGAUUGGAUUCACCAACGACGAGCUGCUCUUCUUCCAAAUGGAGCACCCCACGGCCAAUGUGGCCUGCGUUCAAAUGCUGACCAACUGGAUCUCCGAUGACGACGACGCCACACUGGACAACUGGGCGUACAUGCUCGAAGGAUUGGAGAUGAAUAAGGCUGCCGAAGCGGUGAAGGCCAUUAUUGAGCGCGAAAAAUCUGGAUCAACUGCGGUGCCAGUCGCGCCUUCUUCCGCCGAUAACGAUGUGGAGGUGCUCUCCGAUUAGCAUCCCCAUGCCCGAACCACCCUAGUUAUAGCCUACUUUAGAUUCGUUUCAAUCAUCAAACUUCUUUAUCACAAGUAAAAGUAUGGGCAUGUUCACUGUUAUCAACCAGAGAUCAGCUAA